AAUUACAUCAGACCAAGUGUACUUCAGCAAUACGCAUAAAUUAAAAUGCCGACAGGAAGCCAAACAGUUGGGCGGUUCAGUGCACAGAAAGAGCUUCGUGUUGACUUUUCUGACAAGCGGCAGAAAUAUUUGGCUUUGAGGAUGUUGCUGAACGUCACCAACCAAACGGAAGACGAUUUCUCCUGCUACAGCGCUUCAGUCGAAGGCUACCGCUACUUUGCCGUGCUGUGGGGAUGCGUCGUUACCAUCACUGGCACGGUUGGGAACCUGAUGACCAUUUUCGCUUUUGCUUUGGACUCACAAUUGAGGACCCGCUUCAACGUGCUCAUCGUCAACCUGGCUAUCGCUGAUCUUCUCUACUGCACCAUACUGCAGCCCAUCUCGGUCGAUUCCUACCUGCAUCUCAGAUGGCGCUGCGGUGCGCUCUGGUGCAGGACCUUCGGCCUGCUUCUAUUCCUGUCCAACUCGGUCUCUAUUAUCAUCCUCUGCUUGGUGGCAAUGAGUCGCUACCUCCUGGUUGCAAAAAGGGCCUUGUUUGACCGUAUUUUUUCAAACUGGGGUCUGGUUUCCCUCCUGCUGUCGACAUGGGCGCUGGGCAUGGCCAGCUUCGGUCCGCUUUGGUCUGUUUUUGUGUUUGUGCCUCAAGUGUGCACAUGCAGCUUCCAUCGAACCAGGGGCCGCCCCUACACCACCAUCCUGCUCUUUUUCUACUUCUUCGUGGGACUGACCUGCGUCGGCACGUUCUACCUUCUCAUUUACCGGCGCGUCCGGGUUGCGUCAAAGGCCCUGGUUCGCUACAGGUUCAGCCGACGGUCUUCCAAGAAGAAGCCAGCCCUGACAGCGCCAGUCACUGAUGACAUUAGUGUGGAGAGUGGGAUGGCCACUGCGAGUAGUGAGCUGAGCUCCCAGUGUAAAUCCGCACAGAGUAAGGAGGACAUCAACAGUGACGGUGCCUCUCCAAAAACACACGCCGAGCCAACAAAUCAAUCGGCAGAAAGCAAAACAAAGCCUGACAUUGUCAGUAGGCCACAGUCAAGCGCACCUGCGCCCGCUUCUGCGCCAUCCCACGCAACCACCUCAGGAGACGAUAUAGAAUUUAAACGUGUGACGCGCAUGUGUUUUGCGGUUUUCCUGUGUUUUGUAUUUUGCUUUGUCCCCUUCCUGAUACUCAACAUUGUCGAUAAGCAAGGUCGUGCCCCGCAGGUGUUACACAUGUUCUGUGCAAACCUCACCUGGCUCAACAGCUGCAUCAACCCAAUUCUCUACGCUGUCAUGAACAGACAAUUUCGAAAGGCUUACCAACUAUUGCUCACCAGGGCGGUGAAACCCUUGACAUGCCUCUGGAUUAAGAGCGCCUAAAUAUCCUCAACGUAAAACCUUACUCAAUGCUGAAACAGAUUCAAUUAACAUGUUCUUUGCAUACUGUAAAGCAGGGGUCAUGAACAUAGUGCCUGUGGGCAUCCGGUAGCCCCCCCAAGCACCACAUGAGUAGACCACAGGCCAAUUCUAAAGAAAAAGAUCACCAGUAAUGGGAUAUAGUGAUUUCCUUGGAAUGAAGUGAAAGUGAUCUAUUGACACUUGCGGAGAUUUAGCGACAGUGGCGUACUGUUAAAGCUUGCUUUUAACGCUGGUCAAUAGACAAUUUGAAUCAGAGAUGACAUCAUUUAUAGCUAAUAAUUAGCGAUAAUUGCGAGACAGAUGCCACCUGUUACGAAACCUAACCUUUGAGAACUAUUACUAAAUAAAGAAUCUAAGUACUAAGUCAAGAACCUAACAUAGAAAUGUCACCGGAAAAUAACGUAAAAGUGGCCAUGAGAAAGAAACAAAUGGGUUCAAGAUACUCAUGUCCACAUUUGACAUCUCAACUUCCUUUCAGAUGCUCCAUGUGCUUUUAUUUAUUGAUCAGACACAUUUGAGAUAUUUACUGUGAAGUGGUUGCUUUGAAUACAUAUUUAAGUUUGUUUACUAGAACCUUUAAGGAUGCAACAAACUUUCUUGGUCAUUCCAUUGUUACAUCAUGUCACGUAAUGAAUGAAACCCCAUCGUAUUGCAGAAUCAGCAGGGAUUUCCUGUUUGGUGCAAUGCGAUACAUUUUCGACUGUCGAUUGAGGAAUUUGUGAUUCAUUAGGAAACUAUCUAGGCAAGUUUAAAAAAGGUGAAUAUUAUGUACCAGCGAAAACGCAAAUGAAUUUCGAGGUGACUAUUUCACCCUACAUAAGAUUUAGAGUUCAAGCUCCUUUGUUACAUCACGGAAGACCAUCCCUACUAUUUAAAAGUUGUUGCAAUCAAUUUGUAGUCCUACCUAUACAUUGAGCUGAAUUUUGUAUUUACUGUCUAUGCUUUUCAUAACGCGUUUGGUCCCGAUCGUAUUUUCCAUACAGUACGUACUUGCUAUUUAGAUACAUGGAAUGAUUUCAGCGAAAUGCCUCGUCCAAAGUCAGCUGGGAUUGGCUCCAGCUCACCCACAACCUUAACAAGGACAACAGCUAUAGAAAAUGGGAUGAAUGGUUAAAAAUAAAAAU